AAGAGCUGGUAUGAUCUAGUGCUGCGCGAGAGCCUCCUGCAGGAGCUGCUGUGGAGUGGACACUGUGAGCUCAGCCGAGCCCCAGACCUGUCCAGCUGCAGGAGAGGAGUCCAGACCUUCCUCAGGAGAAACCCCUGCCCGGAGGUGCUGGAGCUGGUGAAGCUGGCGCAUCUCGCUGAUGCUAUAACUGACCUGCACCUUCAGCACACUGGCUCGCAGCUGUCUCACAGAUGCAUGACUCUGAGGAGACUCUUGACCUCCGUUGGGGCCAUUCCCCUUCACGACCUUCAGCUUGCCCUCCAGUGGCAGUAUGAGUUCCUCAAGGGUCACCACAGGACCUCUGACAUCACUUCCCCCGAGGACGAGCAUGUUUCCUGCCGUCUGCCUCCAGACUCGUCCGCUCGUGCAGUUUCUCCGUGUGAGAGCUUGUGUGAUUUAGCUAAGUGGCCUUCUGUUGGUGACUGCCAUCACCAGAUUUCUGCAGGCAAACCUCCUUCUCUCAGCUCCUUUGACUCUGGUUUCGAUGGAGCGGCUAGCAGUCACCUGGACAGCAGGAGUAGAAGAGAGCCGCUGCCUAGGAUUCUGGGAAAUGGAGACUCUUCUGCUUUCAAGUCGAGACCUCUGCAUGGACAGAUUGACGAGGAGAACAUUGUGAGCGUGUCUGAUUCUGAAGACCAGCGUGAAGAGCUAGGGUUUAGUUUAAAGCAGGACUCCACUCGUGCCAGCAUUCAGAUCGUUCCCAGAAUUACCUCCGACUCUCUGAACCUUGAGAUCAAGGUGAAGCGCUCUGCUACGCUGCCCAAGAACCCCUGGCUGAGCCUCCCGAUAGAUGAUCUUGAGAGCUCUUAUACAGUCACCAUUACACCCAGCUCUUCCAGAGAUCGGCCCGCUCCGACAGAGGAGCUGGGAUCCGCUCCGCUCCAGAGUCAGGAGAGCUUUGAGGAGUCGGAGCUGGAUCCUGUGGGAAACGUUCUGUCCAGCACCUUAACAGAUAAUGAAGACAAGCCCAGCAUCACACUGGACGAUCCUUCUCUUCUCUGGGACACGUUUGAUCUGCACAAUCUCAGACAGGACUCUUACGAACGGUUAGAAUCUCUUCAAAUAUCCCCAAGAGAGCUGGCUGAAUCUGGUGUGAUCGGAUUGGACGACGAUGUCCUUCAGAGUGACCUCACUUCCCCUGACUCGGACAUGCUGAGAUCCUGUGAGGUUUGUGAAGACGCCUCGGGAUUAUCCGAUAAGAGUCCAUCCACAUGUGAAGGGCCUGUGCAGCGGGACACAGGGUGUCCUGAGGAACACCGAAGCGGGAUCCUUCGAGAGCUGAGAGGCAUUCAAGUUAUCGAGGAGCAAAUUAUGCAGGAGUGCGUGAAGCUGGAGGCACUGCGCUGCAGAGAGACGGAGAGUCUGGGCUCCGAGGAGCUGGCGCUGGAUCAGGUCAGGGAGAGGAGCGUGUUCCUGCAGCAGAUGGAGAGAAGCCUGGGCAGAGAGACGGAGAGAGCGGGCAAGGCCAAGAGGAGGUCGAGCAAAGGCCGCAGGGUUGUGACGUGUUCGGUCAUGACGCUGAAAGAUCUGGACGAUGAGCUGUUGAGGAGCUGUGGGCUCCAGUCGCCUCCAGAUGCUGAGGAAACCUCUUCGGAUUUGGUUUCAAACGCAGAGGAGUGCACCAGUCCGAGUCCAGCUGGAGAUGCUGAUCUCACCGACUCGAGUUUGACUUCUGAGCCUGCUUCUACCGCGAGCCUCGGGCGUCUCGACUCUGAAUCCCUUCAGUCUCGUCACAGUGAGCCUGUUGCGUCGAGCGGUUUGUCUGAGACUGGAAAACUGGAAGUUAUCCCACCCAGUGCAGACGUGUUUGCUGAGCAUUCGGAGGAAGAAGCGUCUUCCUGUGACAGUGCAGAUCUGCUGGAGACGGGAGAAGCGUGCUCUACUCGGGACGGUGGUGAUGUGCGAGGUGCGUUUGAUCCUGGAGGCGUCUCCGAGAGCGUCGACCACGCUUGCGGACGAGAGGAGAGACGUCCAUCAGACUGUGUAGCGCGGGUGGGCUCAGGGCUGUCCGUCGUUCCCUCAAAGCUCAUGCAGAACAACAACAACAACACUGCAGUGCUGUGCAGUGUAGAGAGCCCAGGGCGCUCCGAGGACUCCAGGUCUGCGGUCUGUGACGGUGGAGGAUCCACGAGAGCGGCCUGCGGAUCUACUCUCCAGCAGCUGCAGCUCCACACAUCCAGCAGACAGAUGAGUGAUUAUAAGACGCCCAUCGUGCUGGACACUGGCUCCGGUCUGAUAAAGGCUGGGUUUGCAGACCAGGACCUUCCAACUACAGUGUUCCCCACCGUCAUCGGCCGUCCCAAAUAUGAGGUACACCCUCUCUCCUGCUUUACCAUCUGGCAUCACGCGUUCCAGCAGCUGUGUGCGUCUCCUGAGGAUCAUCCGGUGCUGCUGACCGAGGCUGCCAUGAACCCGCUGCAGAACCGCCAGCGCUCGGUGGAGCUGAUGUUUGAGGCCUUCAGUGUCCCGCUCGCCUUCGUGGCCCUGCAGGCUGUUCUGGCGCUCUACGCCUCGGGACGAACCACCGGGGUGGUGCUGGACUCUGGGGACGGCGUCAGUCACAGUGUUCCGGUGUUCGAGGGUUACUGUCUGCCUCACGCCGUGCAGCGCUUUGACUUGGCCGGAUCCCACGUCACCCUGCAGCUCCAGAAGCUGCUGCUGGAGCAGGGUGUGUGCAUGCAGACGUCUGCCGAGCUGGAGAUCGUGCGUGAGAUGAAGGAGAGGUGCUGCUGUGUGGCGCUGGAUUACGACGCAGAGCUGAAGAGCUCCUCAGAGGUGCACUACACGCUUCCUGACGGGCGGGUCGUCUCGCUGGCCUCCGAACGCUUCCGGGCACCGGAGAUCCUCUUCAGGCCGGAGCUGAUCGGGCGAGAUCAUUAUGGGAUGCACGAGAGCGUCUUCAGAUCCGUCCUGCAGUCAGACAUCGACCUGCGGCGCAGUUUUGUGGGAAACGUCCUCCUGUCAGGCGGGAACACGCUGCUGUCGGGGCUCCCUGCGCGUCUGCGGCACGAGAUGCGGCUCCUGUGUCCCGCGGAUCUGACCGUGAGCGUCAGCAGCCCGAGCGAUCGAGACUUCUCCGUGUGGCGCGGCGGAGCGGCCCUGGCCAACAUGGCCGACCUCUGCGGCGCCUGGAUCAGCGCAGACGAGUACGAGGAGUUCGGCCCGCAGAUCGUCUUCAGGAAGUGCUUCUGAGCCGUCACUGAUCUUACAGCGCUUUUAACACUUUUAGACAGGGUUUUUGCUGUUUGUGGUGCUGUAGAGUGUAUUAAUGGUGCCAAGUGUUGAUGCGAGUCUUGUAGGACUCCAUGUGUUUUUAGAUUCCAAGAGAAAAAUGAAUGACCUUUUUAAGCUCUACAUGCAUACACUGGUUGUAUCAAUCAGAUUGUUUCUCUUUGCCCCUUUAAUUAUAAUCUAAUCAAUCAUGUCUAAUAUGUAAAUUUGUGUGUUUUAAUAUAUCUAUGAGAUAUUAAUGUGACCUUUUCAGUGUUUUGGUGCUUUUCAUGAGGCUCACGUUGCAACUAUUACUUGCGUCUGUAAUUACGUGUGACUCUGGUUCACAUGGACAUGAGGCUUCACCGUAUUCGACGUGCUGCGGAUCCUUUCCUCCAUCGUAUGCGGUUCUCAGCGGUUCCUCAGACACGUGUGCGUGUGUUUUGAUUUGCUGAGCAGGAUUGGUUUGAUUUGCAUGAAUCUCACGUCACCUCUUUUCAUCUGUACUUUCACUUGGGUUGUGUUUUAUCUGAGGUGGUUUUGAGCUGCAUAUGGAUCUGUCAGCGGCUCGUGUGUUGAUCUCUGUGAGGUUUGUAUGAUGUUGAUUAGCUGAUCCACAUCCUCUUGUGUGUUCAGUUUAAAGCGCUCCGUGUGUUUGCCUUGAGUGCACGGUGAACCCAGCACGUGUUUAGCAUCAGUGUCUGUUAACUGGCUAAUGUCUGGACCUUUUUACAAUAAAUAUGAUUUCUAAACAAG